AGUUAUUCUGUCGUGUUCCAUACCCGAGACAAGGGUACCAGUCGCUCGUCGGUUGUUGCCGUCCAACCCGGGGCCAGCAAAGCUCCUAAGAAGCAAAGCAGAGUUUUGUGUGGUUUCUCCCCUGCUCCUCCCUUCUCCUACUUGUCUCCUAGAAGGGAGACGAGCAGAAUCCCAAAUGUUACGCUGGCUUGCCCAUUUCGUCCAAGUGGUUGGCUGUGGCAGUGGCUGUCAAGAGAGAUGCAAGAUCUCGCGAUAUAUGGCAUAUACACUAUCCGAUUCGCUCGAUGCUUUUACUCCGGGCAACGCGCCGAGACAGCCGGAUACCACCGCCGACCAACCGCCGCUUGGUUUCCGAAGAUGGUGGUGUGCGUGUAUGUGUGUCGUGGUUGCAGCCCUUCUUCUUCCCCGGCUUCUGAGGGCUGGCUAGUAAUACGAUUUGUCACGCGGAAAGGCCAAUAUCCUCCGUGUGUCCCGUAUCCUUGA